GAAUCACGAGCUCAGUCGCGUUGUUUCGUUUCGAUCCACCGAUUCGUUACCUGUUUAAGUUUUUUCCAUCAGAUGCGUUCAUGAUGCAUAAUUAUUUCCAUUUAUAAAUAACUAUUUAUAUUUUUUUCAAUGCUGAAAUUCAUUCCAAUCAAUCAAUUACAAUAAUAAAACAGUGAUUCUCUAGCAAAAAUUGAUGUCUUAUUGAUAUUAAUUGUAAUUCAAAAUAAAUAUUCCCAUUUCAUUAUAUAUUGAUAUAAUUCCAUAUAUUAUUAGAAAAUAGUUGAAGAUAAAGAUUAAUGAAAAUAAUUUUGAAUAGCUUGUUAAUUAUCAUUCCAUAUUUUUAAUGUGGAUUACAACAACCAAAAGAUGUUUUGCAUUGCAAAAUUUCAGUGUUUGAAAUAAUGAUAAACAGAAGAAGAUUAUUUCAUUAGUGAAUCGUGCACUAAACGGAUAAUUCGAGAGAAAAUAAGGAUAUAAUAUUUGAAGAAUAUUUAAAAGUGAAACGUUGGAAACAAUUGAAACGAGAAGAAUGCGACUGGAUUGUCUAAACGUAACCAUGGUGACACGACAAGUCUAGAAUUGGAAAGAGAAGAUGUAUUUGAUUUUACUCUGGGCGUUGGUCGCCCUAAUUGGGCACGUAGAGUGUAAAUGCAGUCUAGCACCGAUUGUAAAUGAUGAACGGUUGAUCGCCUACGUUUGCACUCAUGGCGACCUGAAUGACCUCGAUGAAGUUUCUAGCGAGACAGAUUGGAUUGAGUUCACGGUAUCCCGUAUUCAUCUUAUAUCGGACAAUGCGUUCUGGCGCUUCAAAAAUCUCAGAAGACUUUCUUUUUACAAUUGUCAUAUCAACUUCAUCGGUCCUAAUGCUUUUUCUGGCUUAAAUAGGCUAGAAUGGUUAAUAUUCCAUGGGACCAAGAUUCAUAUAAUUAAAACCGAUUGGUUCCGUCCUUUGACAAACUUGAGGAAACUUAUUUUGGAUAGAUGUGGCUUAGUGCAUAUCGAGUCUGAUGUAUUCCGUAUGCUGCCCAGAUUAGAAGUUCUAGGCUUGCGCGAUAACGAUCUUAACUGCUUACCGAUCGAGGAACUAUCUUACCUGCAAAAUCUCAAGACCGUACGUAUUGAUGGAAAUCCCUGGCUGUGCGAGUGUCAAGAAAAAUUGAAUAAAUAUUUCCGAUCUCGAUCCAUCGUCCAAGAAGUGGAAUGUUUGAGACAAAUUAACAUUUGUAGAAAAUAUCAAUGUAUGACAUCCAUUGGAGUUCCGAUUCUUUCUUCUAUUCCGAUUACACAACAGUUCCACAACUUUAAUAAGGAACAUAUGAUGAUUCAUAGAAAUGAAUUUCAAACAAAUGUGCUCACUUCUUUAAAUAGACUUCCAGAUAAAACUACAUGGAUACAAAUUUCUGGCUUGAUAAUAGAUACGUUGCCAAAAUAUAUUUUUUUCAGAUUUGGAAAUAGUUUAAAAAGCUUGGAUUUGAAUGACUGUCGGAUUAAUAUGAUCGAAAACGAAGCUUUUGCAGGUUUACAUAAAUUACAACGGCUUUCUUUGAUUGGUAAUCGAUUACCUGUUUUGAAUACCAAUUGGUUUCGAGAUCUUACCAAUCUUCAACAAUUAAUUUUGCAACGAAAUGAAAUAGAACAAAUAGAAAGAACCGCUUUAUGGCAUGUGAGAGAUACUUUACGAUAUCUCGAUAUUCGAGACAAUUUAUUUCAAUGUAUAGCCAUUGAAGAAUUGACUGAAUUGAAAAAACUAGAGAAAUUGGAUGCUAUGGGUAAUCCCUGGCUUUGUAGCUGUCGAAAGAAUCUCCAAAAUUUUCUUAUUCAAAAAAACAUUGGUUUCGAAAUCAAUACGGGUCGAUGUAACGAGAAUGAAAACGAAAUUUUAGAUAACAACAGCAAUUGGCGUCAACAACAGACAAUUGUCCAAAAUACUUCGAUCACUACUGGAAAAAUACACUGGACUUCCUUUGAAGAUAGCAUUAAACAAACAAAUAUAUCGAUAUUAAAACCAUCUCUUUUAUCUCCUCCACCAGAAAUUCAUAUAGUCACAUCGCAACCUCCUAUUUAUACAGGUACGUGCUAUCCAGAAAAAACUGAUGAAAAAUCUAGAUCGAUUUACACUUGUCGAGGUAUUACAUCUAUUGAAGAAUUGAAUCUGAUACCUUCAACAACACACACAAUUCGAGUUAUUUUAUCUAACAUCAAGAAACUCCGUGAAAAUAUUUUCACACGCUUCGAUGGUUAUUUAUCAAGAUUGGAAUUUCGAGACUGUGGUAUUGAAAGAAUCGAACCACGCGCCUUUUUUAAUCUUCAUAAUUUAGAAUACCUGUCUCUUCGAAAUAAUCAACUUGAAUCUAUAAAUGCAGAUAUGGUUCAGGGUAUUUACAAUCUAAGAUAUUUAGAUGUAUCUCACAAUAAUAUAUAUCGAAUUACAAAUGAUGUCUUUGAUCAACUGCCAUAUCUUAUUAAUCUAGACAUAUCUGAAAACAAUAUAAACUGUAUCGGUGUUGAAUAUAUGGCCCAUAAAUUACGUUAUUUAUCGUUUAUGGAUGUUUCUAAUAAUCCUUGGAGUUGUCUAUGUGGUACCAAAUUAGCAGAAUUUUUAAAUGUACGUGGUAUAAAAUACGAUAAAACAUUAUUACUGUUGAAAGAAGAUUGUUAUUCCUCAUCUAGAAUUGAUAUUACUACCAACCCAUCAAUUCUAGUGACAACUAAUAUUCCUCUUUGGAAUGAAACUAUUGAAGGAUCCUGUACGAUUCAUGAAGAUACAACAGGAAUUCGAUACCGAUGUAUAGGUGGUAAUUUGUUGUUAUUGCAAUCAAUACCAUCAGAGGUCACUGCAAUCGAAUUUAAUGAGGGACAUUUACCACAAUUACCUUUAGAAUCUUUUUCAAAAUUUAUAAAUUUGCGAGAACUCGUUAUCAGAAAUUCUGGAUUAACAAUAAUAGAGCAUGGUGCAUUUAAUAAUUUAAAUAAUUUGAACAAUUUAACUAUUCAGGAUAAUCCUCUGGAAAUGAUAGAAUCUUCUUGGUUUAAUCUAGGAAAUUUGGAAAGAUUAGAUUUACGCGGUAAUUCAAUUAAGUAUAUCGAAUCUGGAUCAUUUCGCUAUCUGAAUCAAUUAAUAUAUUUAAAUCUAGAAGGGAAUGAUUUAAAAUGUAUUUUUACCAGUGAUUUGAAUGAUAUGCCUAAUAUAUAUAUUAUUGAAUUUUCUGGAAAUCCAUUGAAAUGGAGAUGUAGAGUUGAAUUGGAACAGUUUUUAGAGGCUCGAAAAAUUAAAUUUAUAAAAAUUGAGAAUUCUUGCGAAGGUAAAAAAUUGGUGAGGAAUCUUCUGUUGCAAAAUAAAAGUGAUGGAUCUUUUGAUUGUCCAUCCGAAUGUUCGGCAGCCAUUAACAUUAAUCGAUAUUUAUCUAUUUUAUUUAUAUUAUCAGUAUUAAUAACACUAAUCUAUUAAAAAAAUAUUAAAAUCGAUAUUUAAAUAUAGUACAACGAUCUAUUCAUUUGUUGUAAAAUAUAUUUUGCACACUGUU